AUGUCAGCUAGCAUGGAAGCUGACCUUAUGAGCUCCUCGAUCGAGGAGCUCUCGUACCCGGCGCUUCUGCCGGAGAAGAACAUCGCAGUGCGAAGCGUCCCGGCCAAGCUUGAGCCUGAGCUACGCAUUAAACCUGCCCAGGUGACUACCGCGAAGUCAACCCAAGGUGGCCCUCUAACUAUCCGUUGGGCUAACGGCCUCGAGGAUAUCCGUGACGUGGCGGAUGCGAUUCCUCUUCACUCGAUAACCUUGUACCCACUUGAACGUCUCCUUCUUAACCGGGAUUAUCGCCUACCUCUUAGCCAGUUUGGACUGAGAUAUAUCCCGGAACCAGCCAGUGGAGAAAGCCACAUGCGCACUACUAAGGUAGUUGGACUUCCCGCGCACACCACCAUUGGUCAGGUCCUUGCCUCUGUGCAUGGUGGACCAGUUUUCUCUGCCGUGAUGUGCGAUACUGUUGCUGUCACCAGCCCAUUCGCAGCGAUGGUCCUAAUUUCUUCCAAACACGAUAUUUGCCCUAAGAAUACAUCAGGCCUCAGCUUGCUAUAG